GUCCGAAUAAAAUUUGACUUAAAAGUCAGUCAGUUGAUCCUCGGUGCCGCUGCUGGGCGGAAAAGCUGUUAAAAGACUUUCUCACUGGAACUUCCAUAUCGACGUAUUUUUUUAGGUAAAUCCGAGGAGAAAAUAACGACAAUAUCUACUUAAGGUCCUGUGUGCUGAGUGUAAUCUUAGGCAGCAGCGAUGUCGGGCGCCUACGAUGACUCCAUGAUUGAUGUCUCCAGUGAUAGCUUCUGGGAGGUUGGUAACUACAAACGCACAGUAAAGCGGGUGGACGAUGGCAGCCGGCUGUGUAACGACCUCAUGAACUGUAUUCAUGAGCGCGCUCGUAUUGAAAAGGCGUACGCACUGCAGCUUACAGAAUGGGGAAAGCGUUGGCGACAACUUAUAGAGAAGGGCCCUCAGUACGGUACGCUGGAGCGAGCAUGGGUUUCCCUGUGCACAGAGGCAGAGAAGGUCAGCGAGCUCCACCUGGAGGUCAAAGCAGCUUUAAUGAGCGAAGACUUCGAGAAGCUGAAGAACUGGCAGAAAGACUCGUACCACAAACAGAUGAUUGGAGGCUACAAAGAAACCAAGGAGACUGAAGAUGGUUUCCGCAAAGCUCAGAAACCCUGGGCCAAGAAACUUAAAGAGGUAGAGACGAUAAAGAAGUCGUAUCAUUCAGCCUGCAAAGAAGAGAAGCUGGCAGCCAGCAGGGAAACCAACAGCAAAUUGGAGAGCAACAACAAUCCAGAAACCCAGAAGAAACUCCAGGAAAAAGUGGAGAAAUGCCAGCAGGAGGUUCAAAAGACAAAAGAACGUUAUGAGAAAUCCUUGGAAGAGCUGGAAAAGUUGACCCCUCAGUAUAUGGAAAACAUGGAGCAGGUGUUCGACCAGUCACAGCAGUUUGAGGAAAAACGAAUUCGCUUCUUCAAGGAGCUCCUCCUGGAGGUUAAGAAGCACUUGGACCUCUCGACCAACUCCAGAUUCCAGACAAUUUACCAGACGCUUGAGGAUACGAUUUCUGGCACAGAUGCUGAAGAUGACCUGAAAUGGUUCCGAUCCAAUCAUGGUCCUGGCAUGCCCAUGAACUGGCCACAGUUUGAGAAUUUGGACUGGUCACAACCUCGCUCUAAGAGAUGGUCCAUUGUUGACUGGUCCGUGGACCUGAACCGAACCCUGAGCAGACGAGAGAAGAAGAAACCGUCAGAGGGUGUUACACUGACAGCCAUCAGUCAGACAGGAUCGGACCAGCCUGUUCAAUCUGCAAAGUCCACCAGCAGCCUGACAGUGCCCACAAAAACAGAACCAGUGGGUACAAAUCCGUUUGAAGAAGAUGAGGAGCAGGAGGAAGAGAUGGCUGAGGAGGAGCAGACCACAGUCAACCACGUCACUGUGAAUAAAGAGGAAAUAAAAACUGCCAACAGCUCAGAGAAGACUCCAGACUGGUCAGACGAGGACACGGUUGGGAACCCUUUCUCCGCCAACGGUGAUGGCAAUCCGUUUGAGGAAGAACCCGAGUCUCCAGUCAUUUCUGUUCCCGUUAAAGCCCUCUACGAUUAUGAAGGACAAGAGCAGGACGAGCUCAGCUUCAAAGCAGGUGAUGAAUUUACAAAAAUCGGAGAAGAGGAUGAUCAAGGCUGGUGCAAAGGCCGACUCCAGAAUGGACAAAUAGGUCUCUAUCCUGCUAAUUAUGUCGAAGACAUCCAGUAAAGAGUUUUCCCUGAUGCCACAAAUGUGAAGAAAGACGAAAAAGUUUAGUCAAAAUCAGCUUGAUUUUCCUCCAUAGUAAUUAAAUGAAUUAGUUUUCUACAGCUUAUACAAGGACCACUGUUACUUCCUACAGGUUGGCUUUGGUGUUAGCAAAAUUACAAAAACAGGAAGCUGACCAUGCGUUACCAACUGGGGAACAGCUGCUGUGUCUAAUGUUACAUAAAAUCACAUCAAUGCUGUUACAGAAAAGCUAUUCAAAUGUGUAUUAGGAAAUUCAAUGAAAUGUGUAUGUUAAUAAAUGUGUAAAUAUCUAUAUAUAUAUUGUUAAAAGAAAACACUGGGAUGACGACCUGCCUUGUGACGUUAAAUGCAGCCUUAUUAUUUAAGCCCUUUUUAAAUUCUUUAAGGGAGACUUUUUAGUUGAUAUGCUAAUAGAAUCCAGCAUAUGAAUAUGGAAUACAUUUCUUUUCAUAACCCAGAUCCCUUAUGUGUAAUUUGUUUUAAAUUUGCUCUUACAUUUUGUUAUUUUGCAUAUUGUAAGAACAAUUUUUGAGUGAUUGAGUCUCAUCUUCUCAACAUCUCGAUUCCUUUUUUAAGAUGUCAGGCUAGUGCAGAUGAAUGUAUAUUCAGUGAUUUUGUUUUUUGUGUUUUUUCAUGUAUUAACUCAGUUUUUCAGAUGCAAGAUAUUUUCAACCACUGACCUUCUCUUUUCUGUAAAUGGUUAUCCCAACAACAUAGACUGCAUUUUUAUUUUUUUAAUCUUUUAUCAUCCAUGCAACACUGAAUGUAUUUCUGACUUGAAUCUGCAGGUUUUAGUUCUCCUUCAGGCCAAUUGCUCUGUGAUGGGAAAAUAUUUUAGUGCUUGUUUUAGCAAUAGAAGCAAGCCAAUUGUUGCAUAAAUGCUGGGAUUAAGCGUAAUCCAAUAGAUAAAGAAUAAUUUAUAAGGCCACAAGUGCUUGUUCUGUUUCUUAUUCUGUAUUUGAAAUGGUUUUGUACAUUGAAAUUAUUCUUUUGAGUAUUUUUCUGAAGCCGUUUUAUUUGUUAAAUCUGUAAAUAGGUUUCCUUUGCCUUCACCUAAAGCACUCUCUUAUAACAAGAGUAAAGGCUAAGUAAUCCACUUAAACCUUCGAUAUAAAUGAAUAUAUAUAUUUUUAACAAUCCUAAUUCUCAUUGAUCAUUUUCUUUUGUCUCCAGAAAAGGCUCAUAACUUCUGUAUACCUGACAUUGAAUUAGAUUUUUUUUUUUCAGGUUGAGCUGCUGUAUGCCAGCAGUAACAGCUGUACUUGCACAUUCAAUGUUUGUAAAUGUUGUAUCACAACAUAAUAAACAGAUUUAUUACGCAAAA